AUGCAAGGAGGAGACGCUAGACACAUUAUCACUCUUUCACCAACAAGCAGUAAUGCUACUUUACCAACUCUUGUCUUUUCAAAAGUAGGAUCAUUUGAUGUUGGUAGAGUUUCUCUCAAGGUUGAUGAAAAGAGAUGUUCAAGAAAGCAAUUGAUCAUCAAACUAGAUGACCAUUCAAACUAUUAUGUUUCAAGUGAUGGAAUGAACCCAUCAUAUCAUAAAAAGUAUAACAAGGAUGAUUUUAUUCAAAUGACUAAAAAUCAAGAAUAUGAAUUAGAGGAUGGAGAUCAAUUAUCACUUUUAUAUGAAAUGUAUGCACUCAAUGUAUCCAUUGCAUCGAAUCCAAACUUUGUUGCUCCUAAAAAACCAGUAUCAGCGGCACCAUCAACAUCAUCACCAUCAAUACCAGUAUCUAAAACAUCGAUCCUAAAACGAAAGGAUCCAGAUACCACUCCAGCUGCAGCUGCAGCUGUACCACCACCUCCAAAGGAUAUGGAUGAUUAUAGUGACUUUUUAUCAUCAUCAUCAACAGCAACUACCACUUUUACAACAACAACAUCAUCAUCAUCAAAACCAUCUUCUCAAUCUGAUAAUUCCGAUGUUGCAACCAUCAAGAAACAAAAGAUGUCUGAUUUACCAGAAUGCGAGUAUGGAAAAAAAUGUUUCCGUAAAAAUCCACAACACUUUUUAGAGUAUUCCCAUCCCUGGAAGAAUGAACCAACUUCAUCAUCAUCAUCGGAUACUCCAGCCAAUUCUACAAAGACAUCAACCACCCCAACUUCAUCCCCUGCAUCUUCACAAUCAUCUGCAACUACAACAUCUGUGACUGCCCAACCAAUUGCAACUAAAACAAAUAAUACUAAUCAAAAUAAUAAUAAUAAUAAUAAUAAUAGUUCUUCUUCUUCUGCUACAACCUCUUCAUCUACUUCGACAGCUGCACCAAAAGUUACAAGCUCAUCAACCACUUCCCUACCGUCAUCAUCAUCUUCCUCUUCUUCAUCCACAGUUGCACCUAAAGUUGCAAGUUCAUCAUCGACAACACCAUCAACAUCAACAACAACAUCAGCAACAACAAAGUCAAUUUACCAAAAAAAGAAACCAACGGAAAUCAAAAAUAGACAAUUGACAUUCCCAUUCAUAUCUACUUUUAUUUAUAAUUUCGAUGCUAAAAAGGCAACUGAUGUUGCUGGACCAGAAAUUGCAGAAUAUUUAAACGUACACAAAGGUGAAGAUGAUAUUAAAUUAAUCAUGGUUGUCGAUAAAUCAAUUUAUAGCCAAACUUUGGUUAAUGACUUUAAAAAGUAUAUAAAUGAUAAAAGAUUUGAAAUUAAAAGUUUUGAUAUUACAAAUGAUAAAGAUCAAUUUAAAACAGAUACUAGAUUUUACGCAACAGAGACUACAUGGAGACUAAAGAGAACUGCACAAAACAAGAUUCUUUACGAUAUAGCUGGUGUUGAGGAGUUGGAAAAGAAUACCAAAACCAAAUAUCCAAAUACUGGUAAGGCUGGAUGUAUCUAUCCAGUUACCUUGGACGUUGACAAUGUUUUACAUUCAGAAUAUGGAAUGGAUGCCCUUUUCCUUUUAAUUGGUCCAAAUCUCAACGACAAGAAACCAGAUUGUUUACACGAUCAUGAAGAAGCCACCCCUGUGCUUGCCGACACCUACAGACAAUUAUUUACCCUCUUGGACAACUAUAAUUGUUAA